AUGGGCUACUCUCCCAUCGAGUCUCUCGAGCUAGCCAACCUGGUUUUCUUCGGUAUUGCAAUCUUACCAGUCUGUUAUUGCUUUUACAUGCAUGGUCUGAAUGGCAUUGGACCGUGGUUUAACGCGUUGGUCUGGAACACACUUCGACUUGCCGGCUAUGGCAUCGCGUUCAAAUCAUUCAUGACGCGAGUCCCGGAUAUACUCACACCUAUUGCUAUUAACGGAUGCGCCCUCUCACCAAUUCCAAUAGUUUGUCUGGGCUUCCUGUAUGAGUCUAAUUUCUCCAUUCGAAAAGACCUUCCAUGGUGGGCUGGUCUCUGGGGCGCAAUCAUCGCCCACACACUACUUAUUAUCGGCAUCGUUCUUGGGCUUUCAGGCCUUAUAAAACCUAUACUCUCGAAGGUGGGAUUCAUUAUUUGGAUUUCUGGUUGGCUCUAUACGGGCUUCAUGUUAGCAGGGAGCUGGGUCUCGGCUGCACACAAGAGCCGACUUUCUGGCGAGAAAAUUUUAAUAUACGCCGCCACAUUUGCUUGGCCUCUCGUUGGAGUCCGUCUUGUCUACGUUACAUACGAUGCCUACGUAUAUCACAUUUUCGAUCAAGGAAGCAUCGCGAUUCAGGCAGUCUUCGGUCUGCUACCAGAAUUUCUAUGCAUGAUUGCCUAUCUUGUUGCUGGCAUAUGGACUCGAAAUUUGUCUUGUGCUCACAAAAAGCUCCGUCGGGAGGCGAGGGAAGCUAAAAGGCAAGUAACAGUGGCUGUUGAGGUUAGAAAUGACUCUGUUACGUCGAGUGCAGCUCCACUCAAAGAGGUCUCUUCGCACUCUGGCUCUGGGGAUCAAAAGUCAGCACCUGGUACUAUGCCUAGUAUGGCUGAGGUAUGA